AUGGCUUGCCAAGGAAAGAACCCAAAACAUGUUUCACUUUUACUAUUAGUUGCUUGCUGGUUUUUUUUGCUAUCCUCCUGCAAGGCUAAUCCAAAUGCAGAAGUUGAGGCUCUACUCAAAUGGAAAAAAAGCCUCCCAGCAGAUCAACCAAUUCUGAAGUCAUGGGUAGCACAAUUCAAUUCAAAUAGAGCUUCAAGUCCAUGCAAAUGGCGUGGAAUAGCAUGCAACAAUGAAGGGAGUGUGACUGAAAUAAAGCUUAACUACACUGGAUUGAAAGGUACCCUCGAAAACUUAGAUUUCCUCUCCUUUCCAAACCUUCUUCACCUUGAUCUUAGAUCAAACCAACUCAAAGGCACCAUACCAAUGAACAUUGGCACACUUUCUAAACUCCAAUUUCUUGACCUUUCCAUUAAUUUCUUCAAUGGAUCGCUCCCACUUUCUCUUGCUAAUCUCACAAAAGUUUAUGAGCUUGAUGUUUCCCAAAACAAUAUAACAGGAAAACUAGAUAGCCGUUUGUUCCCUGAUGGAACCGGUAAGUCUAAAACCGGACUCAUUAGUCUAAAAAAUUUUCUCCUCCAAACUAAUGGCCUUGUUGGCAGAAUUCCAGGAGAAAUAGGAAAUCUGAAACACUUGGCUCUACUGGCUCUAGAUGGGAAUUACUUUUUUGGUCCUAUCCCUUCAUCCUUGGGUAAUUUGAGUGACUUAACCAUUCUUCGUCUUGCUCAAAAUCAGCUUUCGGGACAAAUCCCCAUUAGUAUUGGGACUUUAAAACUAACAGAACUGUUCUUGUUGAAAAACAAGUUAUCUGGUUCUGUUCCAGAAGAAAUAGGGAACCUUUCUUCCUUAGUUACUCUACACCUGGCUGAGAACAACUUCACUGGCCACUUACCCCAACAAGUGUGUCAAGGUGGAAAGCUUACUAAUUUCAGUGCAGCCUUUAACAAUUUCACUGGUCCUAUCCCAGUUAGUCUUAAAAACUGCCGAACCUUAUAUAGGGUCCGGCUUGAACAUAACCAACUAACAGGAUAUAUAGACCAGGAUUUUUGGGUUUACCCAAACCUUACUUAUAUUGAUUUGAGUUACAACAGGUUAAGAGGUAAACUCUCACCAAACUGGGGUGAAAGCCAAAACUUGACAGUGCUGAGAGUUGCUGGGAAUAUGAUUAGUGGCAAAAUCCCCAAUGAGAUUCUUCGAUUGAGCAAAAUGGGAUACCUUGACCUUUCUUCCAAUCAAUUGUCUGGUGACAUACCAGUAGAAAUUGGAAAGUUAUCCAAUUUAAUAAAGCUAAUCUUGAAAGACAACAAGCUUUCUGGAGAGGUACCGGCAGGAAUUGGAGGACUGACUGAGUUGGAGUCUCUUGACCUUUCCAUAAACAUGCUUAGUGGGCCGAUUCCAGAUCAAAUAGGGGACUGUUGGAAGCUACAAAGUUUAUCUUUAAGCAAGAAUUGCUUGAAUGAGACGAUUCCCUACCAAAUUGGUAAUCUUCGAGCAUUACAAGAUCUUGAUUUGAGUUUCAAUUCACUGAUGGGAGGGAUACCACCACAGCUUGGGAGCCUUUCAGAUUUGGAAUACUUGAACAUCUCCAACAAUAACCUCAAUGGUUCAGUCCCCUUGUCACUAGGCAGCAUGUUGAGCUUGAUAAGCAUCAACCUGUCAAACAACAAUUUAGAGGGUCCUCUUCCAGAGGGAAAAAUCUUUCGAUCAGCUACGCUGGGGGCUUUCAGUAACAACAAAAAUCUAUGUGGUGAAAUCCAAGGUUUGCAACCAUGCAAUGCCGUAAUUAUUAAGAAGGGUGGUGGAAAUAAGAAAAGCAAAAUUUUAAUAGUCAUUGUUGCUUCUAUAGUCGGUGCAUUGUCAAUUUCAUUUGCCUUUGUUGGAAUUUUUGUAUUUAUCCAAAAGAAGCAUUCAAGAAAUAUGUCGAAAGUUAAAAGCACAUCAAAGAUUGAAAAUCCGUUCUCCAUAUGGCACUUUAAUGGGAAUGCCGUGUAUGAAGACAUCCUUGAAGCUUCAAACAACUUUGAUGACAUGUACUGUAUUGGAAUGGGGGCAUCUGCAAAAGUUUACAAAGUGGAAAUACCAGGCGCUCAAGUAUUAGCAGUCAAGAAGCUCAAUUCCCAAGCUGAAGGCAUAGGAACUGACAAUAUAAAAAGCUUUGGCAAUGAGUUAGCAACAUUAACAAAAAUAAGACAUCGGAACAUUGUGAAGCUCCUUGGCUUUUGUUUCCAUGAAGUUCACAUGUUUUUGAUUUAUGAAUUCAUGGAAAGAGGAAGCUUAGCUGAUAUGCUAAGUAGAACAGAAGCAAUGGAGUUAGACUGGGCAACUAGGAUACAAGUUGUUAAAGGUGUGGCCUAUGCUUUAUCCUAUAUGCAUCAUGAAUGUCUCCCACCUAUAAUUCAUCGAGACAUCUCAAGUAAGAAUGUUUUGAUGAGCUCCGACCUUGAAGCCUGUAUCUCUGAUUUUGGCAUUGCAAGGUUCUUAAAGCCUGAUUCAUCUAAUUGGACAACAGUUGCAGGCACAUAUGGCUAUCUCGCCCCAGAGCUUGCUUACACGAUGGCAGUGAGUGAAAAAUGUGAUAUUUAUAGUUUUGGUGUUUUGGUACUAGAAGUUCUUAUGGGAAAGCAUCCAGCCAAACUCAUUACAGAUCUACAUUCCCCAGUUGGUACCAAUAUCCACCUCAAAGAUGUGUUAGAUGAUCGUCUCUCACCUCCCACAAGUCAAAAGAUUGCUGAUGAGUUAGCUCUAAUGAUGAACUUAGCAGUUUCAUGUUUACAUACCAAUCCACAAUCUCGCCCAACCAUGCGAAGUGUGUGUCAGCAGCUGGAGAUGCAGGCUUCUAAGAACUAAAGUAAUCUUCUCUCGCCCUAAUAAGACUAAUAAAAAUAGAAGUAAUAAAAAUGUGUUGUGAGGAAUAUAUUGAACACGCAUUAACAAAAAUGUGUGUAACACGCAUAUAUUGAACGCUGAC